AUGGCUUCCGUCAAGUCGUUUCUUCGUCAUCACUAUCGGCAUUUCAAUGCUGCUUCAGUCAUUGACGCAGCCGAUGGCUGGCAGGCUGUACUAGACCAGGAUGGCAAGAUGUUCCUCACUAUGGGUGGUGCAAUGAGCACAGCUGAGCUCGGGUUAUCUGUCGCUCAACUCAUUCGGCAAGACAAGGUUCAUGCCCUGUGUGUUACUGGGGCCAAUCUUGAGGAGGAUAUUUUCAAUCUCGUUGCCCACUCUCAUUACCGUCGCUUGCCCAACUACCGUUCGCUCACCGCGAAGCAAGAGACGGAGCUCCGUGAUCAGGGUUUGAACCGAGUCACGGACACAUGUAUCCCCGAAGAUGAAGCUUUCGAGAGGCUAAGACAUCAUGUACUUUGGGUCUGGGAGGAGGCAUCAAAAACAGGUGAACGUCUGUUCCCUUAUGAGAUGUUUUUCCGCAUCAUCCGCUCUGGUAGACUCGAAUCUUCGUAUCAAAUAGAUCCCAGAGACUCUUGGCUCCUAGCCGCAGCCGAAAAAAACUUACCGAUAUGGACGCCUGGGUGGGAAGACUCAACACUGGGGAACUAUUUCGCUGCUUGCACUCUUCAAGGCAAGAUUAAGUCUCCGCUAAUGAUGAAAAGCGGUAUCGAGCAGAUGCACUCACUCGUUGCUUGGUAUCUUCAGGCUUCGGCAGUAUCACCGAUCGGCUUUUUCCAGAUUGCCGGUGGUAUUUCUGGGGACUUUCCAAUCUGCGUUGUUCCACUUAUUCGCAAAGAUCUCGGCGAAUCUUGUCGUUUAUGGGCAUACUUUGCGCAGAUUUCAGACUCUACGACAUCAUAUGGUUCUUACAGUGGAGCUGUGCCAAAUGAGAAGAUCACAUGGAACAAGCUUGACGAGGAAACCCCAAAGUUUGUCAUUGAAUCCGAUGCUACCAUCGUGUUUCCUCUUAUUGCACAAUACUUGCUAGACUGA